AUGGAAGGACACCGCUUUCAGGCUCUGCGAGCCUAUUUAUCGAAGACCUCGAAAUUAGCAAAAGAGGAUUUCGAAGCUAGUGAGGAACUACUCGAUCUAUUACAGAACGAAAUUCGCGUUCUUAUCGUCGGCGCAGGAGGCCUUGGCUGUGAAAUUCUGAAAUGUAUGGCUCUCUCUGGCUUCGGCAAAAUCGACAUUAUCGACAUGGAUACGAUUGAUCUUUCAAAUUUAAAUCGUCAGUUUCUCUUCCGGCAAAAGGACGUCGGACGAGGCAAAGCAGACGUUGCUGCUGAAUUUAUCAUGGGCCGAGUUCCAGAAGCGUCGGUGACGCCGCAUUUUUGCAGAAUUGAAGAAAAAGAUUCCGAUUUUUAUCGACAAUUUCAAAUAGUCAUCCUUGGACUCGAUUCUGUUCAAGCAAGGAGGUGGAUAAACGCGAAAAUGUUUUCGCUUUUGAUUCAUGAUGAUGACGGAAAUAUUCUUCCCCAGUCGAUUCGGCCGAUUAUUGAUGGAGGGACUGAAGGCUUUAGGGGCCACUGUAGGCUCAUUUGUCCCACAAUGACUGCUUGUCUUGAGUGCAACUUGGAUCUUUUCCCGCCACAAGUAAAUUUUCCUCUUUGCACCAUUGCUUCGGUCCCACGUCUUCCAGAACACUGCAUCGAAUGGAGCAGAAUCAUCGCUUGGGAAGAAGAAGAUCCAUUCCAAGGAGAGCCCGUCGACGGAGACAACUUUUCUCAUAUAACUUGGUUGACGGAAAAGGCUCGAGAGCGAGCGGAAGAAUUCAACAUUGACGCUAGUGGGAUUGAUUUCAGAAAGACGCAAGGUGUCAUUAAAAGGAUCAUUCCUGCUGUGGCUUCUACUAAUUCUGUGAUCGCUUCCCAAUGCGUGACAGAAGCCUUCAAACUAGCCACAUAUUCGUUUGAUAACAUGGACAACUAUUCAAUGCUGAACCAGAACGCAGGAAUUUACCAGUUUGUUUAUCCCGCUGAAAGGAAAGAAGACUGCGUCGUCUGUGGAAAGAAAAGGAGGGUUAUUGAAGUGGGAAAGGAAAAAACUCUUGGUGAUCUCAUUGCGAAGCUCAAAGAUGAAAACGAAUUAUCUGGCCCUGCUCUAACAGCGAACAUAGAAAACAGCGAAAAGGUUCUCUUCAUGGACAAUAUCCAAGGAACACAUGAGAAUCUAUCGAGGACCCUUGAGGAGCUUUCUCUCGGAAAUCAGGAGAUUCAAGUUACAGAUAAAGCGUAUGCCGCUCCUGUUACGAUUCAGCUUCGAUUCACUGGAGAAUCGUAG